GAAUGGUUCAAUGACUUUAGAGACCGUUUCUAUUUUCUCUCUGGUUUUGUCGUCGGGUCAGGCCGUAAGGAAGGGGGUCUUUGUUUGCGUUUCACGUUCGCGUUGUGCGGUGCGGAGUUAUUCGUGGUUGCGAUUCCUCGUAUCGUCGAGACGGAAUGUGCCCGCAUUUUUAGUGGAAGCGUGGGUCUCGCUCCUCCCGGUCGAUGUGAAAUGUCGCGUUUGCCAGAGUGGCGCCAUCAUCAAGUGCAAGUGCAGUGAGGUGCAGUGGUGGUGUGUCGGAACGAGCGUGGGUCGGUUCGGCCACGGCGACCGAAGUACGCGGAGGUGGCGGUGGCCGUGCGGCCAUGACCGGCGACAUGCCUCUGGGGAGCGCGCACGCGUUCGGGCUCGCGUUGCUCCGGGACGGGGCACUGCCGCCGCUGGAGCCUGGCCCGCCCGCACCGCCGGCAGCCAACGCGCAACCGCCCGACAAGCGACCGACGGCCGCCGCCGCCAGUCCCGAGCAGGUCAUGAAGCUCUAUAUGAACAAACUCACGCCUUACGAGCACCGUGAAAUAUUCGACUAUCCUCAAGUGUACUUCAUAGGUGCGAACGCGAAGAAGCGCCCCGGCCUAGUAGGGUUCCCAAACAAUUGCGAGUAUGACAACGAGCAGGGCUCGUAUAUCCACAUCCCCCACGACCACAUAGCCUACAGAUACGAAGUGCUGAAAGUCAUCGGCAAAGGUAGCUUCGGGCAAGUGGUGAAAGCGUUCGAUCAUAAGAAACGCGAACACGUUGCCCUCAAGAUGGUCCGCAACGAAAAGCGGUUUCACAGACAAGCACAGGAGGAGAUCCGUAUACUGGAGCACCUCCGCGAGCAAGACAAGGACAACACGAUGAACGUCAUCCACAUGUUCGACUCGUUCACAUUCAGGAAUCACACGUGCAUCACUUUCGAGCUACUCUCGAUCAACUUGUACGAGUUGAUAAAGAAGAACAAGUUCCAAGGUUUCUCUCUGCAGUUGGUGCGUAAGUUCUCGCAUAGUCUUCUGCAGUGUCUGCACGCUCUAAACAAGAACCGCAUCAUCCACUGCGACAUGAAGCCAGAGAACGUGCUGCUCAAGCAACAGGGACGAUCUGGUAUCAAGGUGAUAGACUUCGGCAGCUCUUGCUAUGAGCACCAACGCGUCUACACGUACAUACAGUCGCGAUUCUAUCGCGCGCCUGAGGUGAUGAUGGGCGCCCGAUACGGUAUGCCCAUCGACAUGUGGUCCCUUGGGUGCAUACUCGCGGAGUUACUCAUUGGGUUCCCCUUACUACCCGGCGAAGACGAAGCGGACCAAAUGGCAUGCAUCAUAGAGCUGCUAGGCAUGCCUCCCCCCAAGUUAAUAGAACAGGGGAAACGGUCAAAGAACUUCAUCAGCAGCAAGGGCCUGCCGCGAUACUGCACGGCAACCACCCUCGCCGACGGAACCACCGUGCUCAGUGGAGGCAUGUCGAGGAGAGGCAAGCCCCGGGGUCCGCCGGGAUCGAAGAGUUUUGUUACUGCACUAAAAGGAUGUCAAGACAAAUUUUUCAUUGAUUUCAUUAGACGUUGCUUAGAAUGGGACCCAGAGAAGCGCCUCACGCCGGCCGCAGCGCUACGCCACGCGUGGCUUCGGAGACGGCUGCCGAGGGCGCCCCACGACGACGAACCCAACCACGUUAGUAUCGCGCACCACGCCAAGCGCCUCGCGCACCCCAACUGCACUGACAAAUAGACGAGCGUUGCGAGCGGGGCGAGUGGCGCGGCGGGGGGCGGCGCGGCGGGGGGGCGCGGGGGCUCGCUGCGCACUCCGCUCGCGCGCACGCCUGUCACGUUCAACGCCUCGCAAGUCGCCAAAGCGAAGCUCCAAGCGGCGUUGUCGGAGGAGGGCGGGCGGUACUGGGCGGCGGGGGGUAAGCUGCCGCACCUCCCCGCGCCCUCCUAGCGCCCGCCCUCGACCAGGCGACUCGCCAAGGUGUCGUCCCUGGAGGUGCCCCGACGGUGCGGCGCCGCCCCGUGCCCGCGCCCGGAGCUCGAGCGCCGCAGCCUCGACCUGGAGCGCGACCCGCGGCCCGACCGCGACUCCGACGCCUCCCUCGACGACCGGGACCACCUCGUGUGAACCGCGCGCGCCCUCCCCCUCCCAACCCCCCGCGCCACACACAAAACCGCCCCCAAACAAAACGUUCAAAAUUGAUUUCGUUUGAUAAACACGAUGACAUCCAAAAUGGUUUUAGUUUUAAUAUUCCGAUUGUGACAUCUCGAUGUCACUACAAACCCGAACAAUAAUAUAUUUAUCAUAUCGACGCUUAAAAGGCAAACGUGACUAAGCGACAAUAACUGCUUUAUACAUAAAUGAUAGGCAAUGACCAUAUUCGG